AUUUCAAUUGUUAUGUUUGAAUAGUUUUGAUGUGUUUUGAUCUUAUUUUGUUCGUUCUUCUUAUCGAUUACCAAAAAAAAAGUGUUUCAUUUUUACCAUUUGAAAUAUAACAAAAAAAAUUCUUUUCUUUUGAAUAAUAAUGAGUUGGUUUUCUGCUUUACGUUCAAAUGGACAGCAAACCACAUCUGCUCGUCAACACUAUGAAGACGAACAAUAUCAAGAAGAGAUUGUUGCACAAUUUUAUUUACCUUAUCCUAAAUUAGAAUGUGAAUGUAGUGAUUAUCAUGAUGAUAUUAGACUGUCGGCCGGUGUUGCUUCCGUACAAGGAUGGCGUGUAAAUCAAGAGGAUGCACAUAUCUGUGAUCUUGAAUUCGAUUCAGACAAUCAGUUAGCAUUGUUUGCCAUUUUUGAUGGCCAUAAUGGACCCGAAAUUGCUCGUUAUGCUGCUAAACAAUUACCACAAUUGAUUAAAAACAAUUCCUGUUAUAAGAAAAAAGAUUAUGGUAAAGCAUUGGAAGAAGUAUUCAUGCAAUUCGAUUCUUCACUAUUAAAUAAUAGUGUCAAUAAUGAAUUGAUAAAAAUUAGUCACCAACAUGAAUUAUGUUAUGGUCGUAUAAAACGUCGUCAAACAUCGCCAUUAUUGGCCAUGGUGACAGGUUCAACAGCCGUGGUUGCCUUAUUAUGUAAACAGAAUGGCCAAUUACAUGUUGCCAAUAUUGGUGAUUCACGCUGCGUGAUCUAUGUCAAAAACAAAACACGUCCAAUGACAUUGGAUCAUAAACCAACCGAUAUGAAAGAACUGAAAAGAAUUGAAAUGGCUGGGUCUCGUGUCAUAAAUGGUCGUAUUAAUUCUGGUUUAAAUUUAUCACGUGCCUUUGGUGAUUAUAUGCUCAAAGCAAAUGGAUCUCUUGGCCAGAAAGAACAAGCGCUAAUUGCUUGGCCCGAUAUAACUGUAUCAAACGAAAAAAUACGUCACAAUGAUUUCAUUGUUCUGGCUUGUGAUGGUAUUUGGAACUCUAUGAACGAGAAAGAAGCUUGUUCAGUUGUUCGAAAAUACAUCAAAAGAAAUAUGAAACCUUCGAAAAUUUGCCAGGAAAUGAUUCGAAGAUGUAUAUCGCCUGUGCGACCAAUCGAUGGUCAAAAUGGAGGCGAUAAUAUGACUUGUAUAGUGGUCAAAUUUGAAAAAGAUUUAUCAUAGAAUUCUUUAUGAUUUCUAUUGUGUUGCUAGAUCAUUAAUAAAUCCUUUUUAAAUUUUGGAAACAUUUUCACUCAUCUUCCGGGCUUUCAAAAUGUUAUCUUAUCUAAAUCAUCUUUUUCUUAAUAAAAAAAAUACAAUUCAAUUAA